GUCACUUGUCUCGAUUCGGCCCAACUGGGCUGGCGGCUUGCGCAGCGCCAUGCCGCAAAAACCGAAGUUGACCGCGGUCAACUACCAAGCUUGCCGCAAGGGCCAGCUGAUGCUCAGCGCCCAGGAAGCCGAGGCCACCUUGCAGGCUUUGAGGGACCUGGGCCUCACGGUGAGGUGGUGCUUGAAGGAGGCCCCCGCCGCGGCAUCCAUUUCGAGGGCCAUGGCGGCGGCCAAGUCGGGAGCUCCGAAGGCGAAGGCCAAGCCGGCCAAGCCGGCCAGGGCCGCGGAGGGGAAGGCCAAGGCGAAGGCGAAAGCUAAGGAGAAGCCGCGGGCCAGGGCGGCGGCGGAGAGCCCGAGGAAGCGGAAAGCGCCACCAGAGGAAGAGGAGGCCAGUGGCAAGCGAGCCAAGGGAGACACGGGCGAGGCGAAGGAGGAGAUUCCUGCGGAAGAACGGGCGUACCUGGAUUGCCUGGUGGAAAUGCUGAGCGACGACAAAGUGGACGAGUUGAUCAAGAAAUUUGAUGCCACGGAGGACGGCGAAGACUCGGUGAUUGACAUCGACGAGAUGUCGGCGGCGAAGAGGCAGCAGUUCCGGCGGACUGUGGAGCGCAUGGUGACGAAGACGGACCGGGACAAGGCCAAGCGCCAGGCGCUUCAGACUGUGGCGAAAGAGCAAGAGAGGCGGCAGGCAGAGGCCGAAGCUGCGAGUGAGACGCAGGAGUUGCGAAGGGGCUCGCCGGAGCCAACGCAGCCAAUGCAGCCGAUGGAGCCCGAGUUUGAGGAAGCGGUGGUGAUCGAUGAGGAGAAGGAUGCAGACAUGGCCCCGGCCGGAGAGGCCGGAGAUCCGGAGGCCGCCAGCAGCAAGCCCGCCGCGAGCGGCAGCUGGCCAGAGGAUCUUCCUGACGUGUCGGAGGACAUUCUGAGGAGUGAGGAUACGGCAGACUUAGAGAAGUUCCUAGAGGAAUGCCAGGAUUGGUUCAACUAGAUCUGGCGGAUGCGCUGAAUUUAGCAAGAGGACUGGGGACCCCCCCCCAGGUGUGCUGAAUCUAUUUCAGAAAUCUCCAGAAAGAUCUCGCGCGGGGCACCGUGUUUGGUCCCACUUGCAAUAUUCCGAUGCAUUGUAGCAAAAAGGGCUCUGAGCCCUGUGCACAUCGGGCUGACCGCGAGGCUGAAGCCAGUCCAAGGAGCUGAGAUAUGAUUUUCGAAGAGGC